AACCUCAAUGGGGAAAGUUUUAAAAGUUCCGAAAUCAUCACUCAAUAUUCACCACACAACAUAACAAAUUUUUUACCUAAAACAUCUAGUAAUGCAAAAAUAAUCAACACGAAACAAGAAUGAAUCUCGACGGUGUCAACAUGAGAUCAUGCCCCCUCAUGCGGUCUCCCAUGUCUCUCAUGUUCUCGCUUGAGAAAUCACCACUUCACGUGGUCUCCGUGAAUUCCACGCCUGAAGGCGACACGCAACUUCACUUGGUCCCGUGUGAUCCGUACCACCACUUUCACACGAUAACGCCACCUCACCCGGUUUCCACGUAAUAUGUGCUACCACAUUCUUUACUUCACACACAGGAAUGCACGGCGCAUGCCUCCUCCGGCGAUGAAUCAUCCCACCUCACGCGGUCUCCACAUGAUCCAACAAAAAACGAUGGAACACUCGAGAUGCACUCCAUCAUGUUGCACACGUAGUAGGCUUAAAGCCCUUUCCUAUAUCAUAUACACAUGUUUAUUCUCCACACAAUGCAAACACCUGCAUACAAGUCUCAGUCAUUUUACAACCAAAUUGUUUUUUAGCAACUCAUGAGUAGGUGUAGGUGUCCACACAUUACAAUAGAAUAUAUAUGUGUAUGUAUAUAUGAUAGUUCACUUAUCAAACAACUACAUGUAUAAUUAUAGAUAACAUGUAGGUACGAAUGGUUUAAAUAUAAACUUUUACUAUCAAAGUUAAUGAUACAUGAAUGAUAAGUAAGCUAAGUGUUGUUUGUGCAAAAUUAAUACCCAAGUGUUGUUUGCGCAAAAUUAUUCUUGAAUUAAUUGUUGCAUGCACAAAAUUAGAUUUGAAAUAGGAAAACUAACGAUUUUAAUCCAUUUGUUAACGUUUGGCUAUUUUUCAAUUUUGCGCAGACAACGAUUCGUUCAGAAAUAAUUUUGCAAGUAAUACUUGGAUAUUAAUGUACCAAUUGAAAAUAGUUGGACACAUUAUUAUUAUGAUCUGUAGAAGUAAGUCAAAAUAUCAAUUAAUUUCUUAAAAUUCGAUUUAAUAAAAUUUAUCAAGUUAAAUGAAACCAAUUAGAGAUAUAUACAGGGUUUUUGCGAGGAUGUAUAUAUUAUUAUAAGACAAGUAUAUAUAUAUAUAUUAUAUUGCUAAUGCACAACAUAGAUUGUCUAAAGCAGAGAUCUACAACAAUCUUUUUUUUGUCAAGAUCUACAACAAUCUAUAUAAGUCAUAUCUUACUUUAUUUUAUUUUUAAUUUUAGGAAAAAUAAUUAUUUAAAUAUGGGAAAGCUUAUACUCAUUUGUGUUAUAUAUAAUUACUGCAAAAUAUCUAAUAUUACCAGCAUUAGAUAUAACAUCAUGUACUUUACGUUUGUAAGAUCACUCAUAGAUUGAUUUGGAUCUUUGUUUUAAAUAACUGUAUGUUGUACAUAAGCUAUACGAUACAUAUAUAUUUGUCUUGGAAUAAUAUAUACUAAAUUUUUAUCCGUGCGGAAUAAUAAUUUGGUAAAUUUUUUAUAUAAUUGAAUUUUUUUCAUAACAUUUGUAACCCGAAGUCUGAAUCAAAUCCAAACAAAAAAAAUUCUGAUUUGUACUUAGUCUGAAAUGUCAGAAUGAGUCUCGUAGGAAGGAAAAAACAUAUUCGAACCCGAAAUGUUAUUAGCCAAACCCGAAAAAAUGCACCAAAGAGGUGGUCACUGAGAAGACAAUUAUCAAGCCUAUUUUUCAAAAAGUAAAGAUAGUUAUAUUAAAUUUUGCAUGAACAUAAUUUUAUAAAGAUAAGAUAAUUCAUUUACAUAACCCAUUCCCUAUUAAUUUUAUUUAUACUUUAAAGCUUAAAUUAUGGUACAAAAUUAUUUUUGAUUUUUAUGUUUGUCAAAAUUUAUUUUGAUUAUUAUAUAAACUAAAUAUAUGUCAUUCCGUCCAUCUCAUAUAUACUUGAUAAAUAUAUUGAAUUAUUUUUAAUAUUCUAAUUUAAAUAUGUAAAUUAAAAUAUGAAUGAAAUUAUUUAUUAGUUUAUAUAUCUUUCUUUAAUAUUUUGUUUUAAAAUAUUUUAUAAAAUUCAUGAAUAUGUGUUAUUCUUUAAUUUUAUAAUUUAUAAAAUAGUUAAUAAAUUGAUUAAAUUACUUUAUAUUUAUAAAUUUUUGUAGUAAUUUAAUUAUUUAUAUAAAUUAUUUAUAUAAAAAUAUUAUAGGAAUGUGAUUUCUUGUGUUUUUUUUUGAAUUUUUGCCAUUUACAAGAACGACCCUUUUGGCCCCUGUAUUUAUGAUCAAAUGAAAUUUGGUCUAAUAAGUCUCUAAUGAUAAUGAAAGAGAACAAUUUUUCUGCUUAAAGCUCGAUUGCUAAGAUUCACACCAUCGUCGUCAUCUAAAAUAUGUAAUUUACUCUUUGUAGAACUAUGUUAUGUUGGAAUACUAUUUUAUAUAAAAGUGAUUCAACUUUCUAGAUUCACCUUAAACCACAUGUCUUGUAAUUGGCAAAUACUAGUUGCUAAUCAAUAUUCAGCUAAGAUACCAGUUUCAUUAGCAAGAAAAAUCUCAGAACUUGCAUAUCACAUUCUAGGGUUGAGUUCUGGUAGUGUCUAUUCGUAUUUUUCUUUUGAAAAUAAAAGUAUACCAUAUUUAAAAAAAAUAUAUUUAAAUAGGAUUAGUGUGUAUUCCUGGUUUUCAAACGUAUAAAUAAUCAUUAUACUUUUCAAUCAAGUAAUAGAUAAUUAUAAACAUCUAAUAUGGAUACUUUAGAUAUUUUACUUAGUAGAAAAUGUAAUUUUCAAAUAAGUUAAAUGAAGGUGUAGUUUUCAGCAUAAAUUCUCUUCUCGAAGUAUUUUUCCAAAUUUCCCCAAAUGAAUAACCAGUUAAAAAUAAUUUUAGUUAUUUUUUUAUAUUGCCAUCUUUGGUAGCGGUUUACUAGGGUAGCUGCUGUAAUUUUAUAUGUCAACUGAUAAAGUAACAAAUUAAAAAAAACUAUUUAAAAUUAAUUAUUUGUCGGAUGCUGACUUUUCUGUUAUUUAUAGAUAAAUUUCAUGGAAAAUGUGGGAAACAUGUCUCUUUAUUAUUUCCUCUCUUCUUUAACUAUGAGUAUGCCAUUGUUUAAUUGGACAUUUGGACUAGAAGCAAACUCGAACAUCAACGGCAAACGAAAAAGGGUAAUUAAAAAAACAAAUCUUAUCUGCCGAAAAGAGAAUAUAGUAAUAGUUUGACCCCAUUUUACAGAUUUUACAGAAAACAAGGUAUAUACUAAUCUUUGAGAAUCAUUCAAAACCAUUUAUAUUCCCUUGAAAUGCUUAAAUAUAUUUUUAAAACCCCGUAUACACCUUGGAAAGGCGACUAAACCCUUUCCGUUGACAAACUGAAUAAAACAAACAUACCAGAUCACAAAUAAUAAGCUUGUAAAGAUAUGUUUAUUUAUCAAGAACUAUAUUAUAAAAGCUCAAUUAUUAGACCAUGACUUCGUAUAUGGUGAAGUAAGGUUAAAUGGAAAAGUUAAGCCGCCUCUUCUAAUUGUCAAAUUCUUCAAAGUAAACAUAUCUCUUCUUUGAUAAAAAAAACAUACCUCUUCUAUAUAUAUGAGAUAUUCAAGAAACAUAUAACUAUCAAGCCAAAAACAAAAAACAAAUGUCAGAUGGAACUUGGGGCCUGACCCAUAAACAUUUUCGCGAUUCUGGAUUCUAACCUCCUCAUAAGAAGAGUGCUAUGCUAUAAUGGAGAGUCCGAUAAUGAAGACAUGGAGAAAAAUAAAGACUUUUGGCCAAACGAGCUCUUCAACCAGGGCUUCGUUCACAAGGAGCAAGACUUGGAAUGGCUCUGCUCAUCAUGAGGAUGCUAAGAACAGCGAAUCCAUAGGAAAGAUCAAGAAAAAUUGUUUCACUGUUUACGUUGGUCCCACGAAACAGAGAAUCGUGGUGAAAAUGAAACUUUUGAACCAUCCUUUGUUCAAGAACUUGUUAGAAGCCGCAGAAAAUGAAUAUGGAUAUAGACGUGAUGGGCCCAUUGUUCUUCCGUGCGAGGUUGACUUCUUCUUCAAGGUUUUGGCUGAUAUAAAAUCUGAUGUUCAUGGUGAUGAUAAUGAUGACGAUGAUGAUGGUUUGAUUAGUCCUCCGAUUUGCGGGUGGGGUAGUCCCAGCAUGAGAAGGAACGGUUCGUACAAGCUUCUUCGAUCUCCAUCCUUGUUCAAGUUGAAUAGAUUUUGA